AUGGCACCGAAUGCAGGCUGUAUGAUGCAACAGCGGUUAGAUCGUGUUGUUGAAGCACACCUGGUCGAUGCUGCUGAUGAUGGUGGUGGAGUUUUAGACGCUGUAUUUGUAGUAAAACCUGAUGAUAUUGAUUUGGGUUUAAAAAGGUUCUCUGGGACCGUGCCGCGGGACGCAGUGGAGCCCUGCAGUUCGCGCCGCUGAUCGGGCGUUCCCAGCAGUUUGCGCCGUCUGAUCUUCGGCGUCUCCCCGCAGUAAGAAUGUCACGAAGAGAGCGACCUUUU